AUGGUAGUUUGUGGUAGGGAGCUAUUUACAGAUUUGUUGGUGAUUGACACUAACAGGUUCAGUGUUAUUUUGGGGAUGGAUUGGCUCUACAUUUUUCACAUGACGAUCGACUGCCGACACAGAAGCGUAGUGUUCAAGCUACCAGAUCACCCAGAGUUUGAAUUCAUAAGCGAUAGCAAAGUGAUGGAGCAGCCAGAGCAUCGAGCAGGUAUGGAUGGAGUAUUAACGUGGAUAGAGGUAGAGGAGAAGCCCAUACCAAAAAUUGUCGAGGAGUUCCUUGAUGUUUUCCCUGAUGAGUUGUCGGGUUUGCCACCAAAUAGAGAUAUAGAAUUCAUCAUCGAUCUUAUUCCAAGGGUUGCACCUAUCUCAAAACCACUAUACCAAAUGCUGAUAUCAGAUUUAGAGGAGUUACGAAAGCAGGUCGAGGAGUAUCUUGAUAAGAUAUUUAUCAAGCUUAGUACUUCACCUUGA